CCCCCGGCGAUUCUCUCAAAUCCAAAGAAAGGCUCCUCCGCAUCUUCCUCCUCCGAUCGCCGUCGCCGUCGAGUUCCGAUCGCCGCCGCCGCCGCCGCCGCCGCCGCCGCCGCCAUGUCGGACGAGGAGCACCACUUCGAGUCCAAGGCCGACGCCGGCGCGUCCAAGACCUACCCCCAGCAGGCCGGCGCCAUCCGCAAGAACGGCUACAUCGUCAUCAAGAACCGCCCCUGCAAGGUUGUUGAAGUUUCCACUUCCAAGACCGGAAAGCACGGUCAUGCCAAGUGCCACUUCGUUGGGAUUGAUAUCUUCAACAACAAGAAGCUUGAAGAUAUUGUUCCAUCAUCCCACAACUGUGAUGUUCCACACGUCAAUCGUACUGACUAUCAGCUGAUUGAUAUUUCUGAGGAUGGAUUUGUUAGUCUGCUGACUGAAACUGGAGGCACCAAGGAUGAUCUCAGACUCCCAACUGAUGAGACUUUGUUGGCACAGAUCAAGGAUGGCUUCGCUGAGGGUAAGGAUCUGGUGGUGACUGUUAUGUCCGCUAUGGGAGAAGAGCAGAUUUCUACUCUCAAGGAUAUCGGUCCGAAGAACUAACUUUACGAUCAGCUCAGUGUUGUAUUCGAGAUUUUUGUAAGCCCUUCCUAGCUUGCUGUCUUCAGACGUGCUGUUAUCUGUAACCGUUUUUCACCUUUUUUGUAAGUUGACUGGAGGCCGAGUUACUCUCUGGACUUCAGAAGGUCACGUGCUCUUGGUGGUAUACUCGCAUGGAAAUGGUUUCCAAUAUCUCUAAUAUGGUGCUGGUUGAUGAUCUUCGUCCAUGAUACUGCUUGCUUGGGUCAGAAUGUUUCUGGGUCAGAUGACCAAAUGGAACUGACUUUGAUGUGUGUAUCUGUGACUGGUGCUACCCUUUGCUUUCUGCAUUAUUCUCAUGAAUGAUACCGAGCUGAGGAA